CAACUAGACUCGACAGUUGGUUAUGAAAUCUCAACGUGUUCGCACGUGCCGCACGGAGCACGCAGCAGCAGCCAACCAGCCAUCAGUUCAAGCAAAUAUCACAAACUCAAACUCACAACAGUCGCAAUGAAACAUCAAAACUGUCAACAGAACAAUAAAACCUAAAAUUUAAAAAAAAAUAAAAUAAUAAUAAAAGUAAAAAUAAAAAUAUAAAAAAUAAACAAAUAAAAAAGAAAUACAAAAUAAACCCAAAAGUCUAAAAACUAAUAUAAACAAACAGCAUAAAAAAUACAUCCAAGUUUCAUGAACUCAUCUCAAAUUCGAAAACCAUAUUCAGUGUCUGGAGAAUCGUCGCCGAAAUUCAAAUCGUUAUCAAUCAAAUCCCAAUCAGCUCAAUCAACACGCUGCGUGCCAAGUUUAUAAACAACAAAUAUUUAACCGAGUUUUCAGUUUCAAAUCAAACCGUCGGCAAUUAAAUCAUCCCGUUCUUGUUGGUUCGUUCGUUUGUUUGUGUGUGUGUGUGUGUUUUUUUUUUAAUUCUUUGAGACAAUUUUUUUUUUUUUUUUUUUUUCUUGUUGUAAAAUAUAAUAUAACAAUAAGUGUGAAGUAAAGUGUAUGUUGAAAUCUGAAAAGUCUAAAAAGUAAAUGUGGCUAAGGGCGCCAGAGCCAAAGCAAGAAAUUUGAAUUGAAUUUGAAUUUGAAUUUGAAUUUGAGUUGAAAUGUGUGCGAAAAUAUUUCGGAUCUGAGAGAUCGCCUCAAACUUGUGAGUGCAAUUCCAAGGCGCGCAAUACGAAAUACUUUGGAAUUAGCUUGCACUGCAUUGAUCGCAUCGAACAGAGCCGAAAUACCCUGGAAUUGAAUGUGGCAAACAUGCAGCGGAAGCUUUGCGUUGGCGUGCAGCGUGCGGCGAGCUCUACGCUUCUAGGUGAGCCCCGCUAGGGCGACAGAGCGAGCGGUCGGGGCGUGGCCAGCAGCGACAUGAUGGCUGCCUUUGCCUCAGCAGCCGGCGUCGCGGUGGUCGUGCCGGCAGCGACAGCGGCAGCAGUUGCAGCAGCCACUGCGACAGCUGCUGCAGCAGCAACAACCGUGCGAGCAACAAUUGCCAGAGCGACAGCGACAGCAAUAGCAACAGCUACAGCUGCGGCAACAACAAAGACAACAACAACAACAACAACAACAUCGCUGGCGGGCAAGUUGCUGAGCCCUUUGCACAAUCGCACGACUGAACUGAAUGUGGAAGGCGUGGCUGAGGCGGAGCCUCGCGACGAAGAGGAUGGGCUAGGGAUAUUGAGCGGGAGUGGGAGCGACAGCGAGAGCCCGGACGUGGGCAUCGGCAGCGGCGUCGGCAGCUCCUCGACGCCCAGCAGCUAUCUGUCCCUGUACGACGAGGUGGCCAGCGCCCUGGACGAGACGCAGGCGGCCGAGGAGGCCGGCUAUGCGCUGAUUGAUGACAUCAGCGAGUGGCUGCUGGGCGCCGCCGCCGGCGGCAACAAUCUCAGCCUGAGCAGCGAGCUGACAUCGUCGAGCCCCACCAGCAGCAGUGUCAGCAGCUUCAACGAGUCCCUCAGCUGGCUGACCCUGGACAUGGGCGAUGUACAGAACAGCACGCUGUCCAGCCUCAGCAAUGCCAACAGCAGCAGCAGCAGCAGCAGCAGCAGCGCCGGUAGCGGCAGCAGUAGAGGCAGCCAUCUGGAAGGCAAUGCCGAGGACGAGGGGGGCGGACUCUAUGCGCUGCGUAAUUUUGUGGAGCAGCAGCUGAAUGGGGAGUCGGCGCAGGAUGCGCAGGAUAUCGCGCUCAUUGACAGCGCCGAGGAGAGCGCGCUCGAGAAUGUCGCCGACGGCGAGGCGGACUACGGCGUGCUGAGCGGCUUCAGUGGCGGCAGCCUGGACGCGGAAGUGGAUGCCACCAGCGAGCUCCUGCAGCGCACAGCGACUACGCUAACAAAUCGGACGACAGUCGCCUCCGGCUACGAUGCGAACGCCGUCUGGCUGAGUGGCGCUGGCGCCCAGGCAGCCGGUGCUGCCGGAGAUCGCAAUGGCGGUGGCGGUGGCGGUGGCGGUAUCGGUAGCGACGGUGGUGCUGGCGCCAGCACCGGUGGCAGCUCCUUCAUGCUGCUGCUGGAGAACUUUAACGAUUACUUUCCCAACUACAAUGGCAGCACGGUUUCGGGCACAACGGUCGUCGGCACGACCAGUACGGCCAGUACGGGUCUCCUCGACCAGAACCUGACCAGCCUGUACUUUGAGAACUAUCGCACCAAUUGCACGAAUGCAACGCUGAAUCUGACAUCCGAAUCGUGCCAUGAACUGCGAAUCGUGGACCACAAUUAUUGGGCGCUCAUCCUGAUCCUGUUUCCGAUCCUCACGCUCUUCGGCAACAUUCUCGUCAUCCUCUCCGUCUGUCGGGAGCGAUCGCUGCAGACGGUUACGAAUUAUUUUAUAGUGUCAUUGGCCAUUGCCGAUCUGCUGGUCGCCGUAGUCGUAAUGCCGUUCGCCGUCUACUUUCUGGUGAAUGGUGCAUGGGCUUUGCCUAAUGUUGUUUGUGAUUUCUAUAUAGCCAUGGAUGUGAUAUGCUCAACUUCAUCGAUAUUUAAUUUAGUCGCCAUCUCAAUAGACAGAUACAUCGCUGUGACGCAGCCAAUAAAAUAUGCAAAGCACAAAAAUAGUCGCCGCGUUUGCCUUACGAUACUAUUGGUGUGGGCGAUAUCGGCUGCCAUCGGGUCGCCGAUAGUGCUGGGCCUGAACAACACGCCCAACCGGGAACCGGAUGUGUGCGCCUUCUACAACGCUGACUUCAUACUCUACUCGUCGCUGAGCAGCUUCUACAUACCGUGCAUCAUCAUGGUCUUCCUCUAUUGGAACAUAUUCAAGGCGCUGCGCAGUCGUGCUCGGAAGCAAAGGGCUGCCCGCAAGCCGCAUCUCUCGGAGCUGACGGGCGGCAGCGUCAUCGAGAAUAUUGCCCAGACCCGGCGACUGGCCGAGACGGCGUUGGACAGCAGCCGGCAUGCCAGCCGCAUUUUGCCCGAUGAGCCGGCCACGAACACGGCCAGCGGCUCCAACGAGGAGGAGGACGAGAAUGCCAUUUCGCCCGAUAUCGAUGACUGCCACGUCAUCGUCAACGAUAAGUCCACUGAAUUUAUGCUGGCCACAGUCGUCGAGGAGACCGGCAACAGCGUUGUGGCACAGAUCACCACACAGCCGCAGCUGGUCGUUGCCGAUCCGAAUGGUAAUCAUGAUUCUGGUUAUGCAGCAUCAAACGUUGACGAUGUCCUUGCAGGAGUGAGCGUGGGCGCCGCCAUCAGCAGCACUACGCCGCCGGACAGUCCGGUGCCCAGCGGCGCCACCCUACACCGCUCCAGUGUCAGCAGCCGGCGCAACACCGCCGAGGACUCGCCCAAGCGCGGCGAGCCGCCGCUCAGCAGCAGUGUCGCCAUGAAGCCAUUGUCCUUUGUGCGCUACGGUGUGCAGGAGGCCAUGACUUUGGCACGCAACGACUCCACGCUAUCGACCACAUCGAAAACGUCCUCGCGCAAGGAUAAGAAAAACUCGCAGGCGUCAAGAUUCACGAUAUACAAGGUGCACAAGGCCUCGAAAAAGAAACGUGAAAAAUCGUCGGCCAAGAAGGAGCGCAAGGCCACCAAAACCCUGGCCAUCGUUUUGGGCGUCUUCCUCUUCUGCUGGCUGCCAUUCUUCACGUGCAACAUCAUGGAUGCGAUGUGCGCCAAAUUCAACGAAGACUGCAGGCCCGGUCUGACGGCCUUUAUGCUAACCACUUGGCUGGGCUACAUCAAUAGCUUUGUCAAUCCCGUUAUUUAUACGAUCUUCAAUCCGGAAUUCCGCAAGGCUUUCAAGAAGAUCAUGCAUAUGGGGUGAUUACAAUCAGCAGCAAUAACACCGACACGAACAACCGGUAAACAUCAACAAUGUUUAACUAAAGCUUUCCUGAUCAAUAUGUAAUCACUAGAAUAUCGAUCAACGUCGAUCGAUAACUCAAAACUCGAACUGUGCCAAAUGCAAACCAAAAUGAAAUUGAACUCAAAGCUCGAAACUCAAUUAGACUCCUAAGAUUGUUCAUAGUCUCAACAUUAUAUAUAUAAAUAUAUACAUAUAUACCAAUAUAUAUCUAAAUAGCAUAGUAUAUGGCCCUGUAUAUAGCAUCUAAAGUUUGAUCAAAUCUGUUGUAUGUAUUAUAUUCGAUUGCAUAGGCUAAGGACUCUGAGCUGUAGGCUAGGCACCAAAUUUUUAACAUUUAGCUAAUGUCUAACUUAAAGUUUUAGUUAAUAUUCCAGUAAAUAGGCCUAUUUAUCGAUAAACACAUAUAUACUUAGUUAUCGAUACCGUAAAAUAUGGCAAUUGUACCGUUACUUGAUGUGAGAUUCUUUUAGAUCGUAAGAGUUGUGUCGCUGUCACGAAAGAAAACAAAAACUGAGUUUACGUAUUUACUAUAUGUGGAUGGAUUUCCGUAUAUACAUAUAGAAUAUUUACUUUACAUAUCACGCAUUCAGUUUCUGUGAAUUUGUACGCCACUGUACAAUUGUAAUUUGUUCCCCCUCAAGCAAAUCCAACGAUCGCUGAGCAUAUCCUAAGCGCGAAAGAUCCCCCUACCCGAUCCCACCCCCCGCUCGUUUUUGAUACUCGACUUCAAUGCUAAUCAAUGCGCUAAUCAUAGUUAAGAGAAACUUAAAACUAAUCAAGAUGAGGCUAGAGGGUAGGUCUACCUAUUAGAUAUACGCAUAUACAUACGUGUAAUAUUAAUGUUAGUCCAAAGCAGGGGCUCAAACUCAGCGCCCAACACGAAAUCAUCGAGAGACAGAGAGAGAUAUAGAGAGUGAGAGUGAGAGUGAGAGAUAGAUGCAAGCAGCUAUCGAUAGGCUCAUUGAUUACAAUUUCUAACUGUAAACAAGAACUAAUUAGACCAAUUGAUGUAGCAACAGUAAAUGCAGAAUAUACAUAUGAAUAAGUCGAAAAUAAAUCGAGAGUAAUUCUCUUUCCUCCAUGUUAGGUCUAAUCAAUGAGCUCUGCAAUCGAUAGAUGGCUACGAUGUUUUUGUCGAUAGUUUUGAAUGAUGACUAAUGCACGCACACACACACACACACACGCACGCACACACACAGACAGACAGACGCACACUGAAACAAAUGAGCCCCACACAAAUAUAUAUAUAUAUAAAGUAUAUAUGUACGUAUAUAUAUAUCUCUAUAUAUAUGUACAUAUAUAUAUAUGUGUAUAUCAACAAAAUUGUCGCUGAGUUUGAUCGGACUGCUUGAGCCACACAUUCCUUGGUUGUAAACAAACUAUAAAUAAAAUAGGCAUAUAAAUAACAGUUAUUCAAGAUGUCAUUAGCAGAAUGUAAGCGCAUUUAAAACUAGGCUAAGCAACAGCUAAAUCAAGUUAGCCAACAAAAAUACGAGUUCAGUAUUUUUGAACGGCCUCCCUUCCCCCCUUACCCCAGUACUUAUAAUAACCUCUAGCUAACUACGUACUUGGAAAUGGGUACUCAAAAGGAAAAACAAAAACAAAAACAAAAACAAAAUGAAUAUGAAUAUACGAAUAAGUUGCAUCAGGGUAUCUAAAGCGUAGGCGUACAAAUUAUUAGAGCUAAGCGAAAGCAGACGCAUAACAAUUCUAUAUAAAAAAAAAAAGAUAUAUAUACACACACACAUAUAUAUAUAUAUAUAUAUAUAUAUAUAUAUAUAUAUAUAUAUAUAUAUAUUGCUAAGUAAAUGUAAUGUGAAAACUUCAUUUGAAACCUGGACCGAAACACUCGCCCAAUUCAUCAACGGAUGCCGUCUUGAAUUUGCUUAAUGCUGAUGCUGUUGGAGGAGAGCCGCAAGCGGAGAGCUGAUUACACACACGCACACACAUGCAAAUUAAAAAAAAAAAAUAAAAUAAAAUCAGACCACAACAAAAUACUAAAUGGAAAUGGGAAGUGAUUUGGCAAGCGAAGAGCCGGAAUUUCGAACUGCUUGGAGUACGCCCCUUGCUCACAACCAAAGAAAUAAACAAAUGGAAACGAAUUUAAAACGGCAUCACAAUACAUACACACUCACAAACACACACACACACAUGCAUACUAGAUUUUGGUCCCUGUUUUCAAAAACCGUCCUCUUCAUUGUUUCUAUGUGACAAAUAAUGUAAAAUUUAAUAAAAAAAAAAAAAAAAAAAAAAAAAAAAAAAAAAAAAAAAAAAAGCAAAACAAAACUCAAAGCAUAUUCAAAGAAUGAUAAACCUAAAAAAAAAAAAAAAAAAUACUAUAUAUAAAUAUAUACUAAGAAUUAUCUAGAGAGAGACGUAAACCGUUCUCUAUAGGCUAAACGUUUCCAGCUCAUUAUUAUGGAACCCUCUAGGAGAAGCUCAACAAAUUUUUAUACUUUCCUAAAAAGUGAAAAUGAAAUGAACAAACCAAAAUAUUCGAAAACAUAAAAAAGUGUGUAUUUUUUUUUUUUUUAAAUUUUAAUAAUUGUAGCUAAAUGUAAUUCUAAUAUACAUAAUAUUCGAGAUUCUUAAAGGUGCGUUAUGAGUGUUAGUCAAUAGCUCUAAGGAACCGACAAAUUAACAGAAAAAAAGAAUAUACACAUAUAUAUAUAUAUAUAUAUAUAUAUAUAUAUAUAUAUAGUUGAGAUAAAAGAAGGAAUUAUUAUAGAAAUAGUUAAGUUCUUCCAAAGAAAACGCUUAUUAGUUAUAGAAGAAUGGGUUGAUCAAGAAGUUUCAGUAUGAUUCAAUUGAUGGAGCUGGACGUGGUUGGACAUUGCAAUAGAUGUCGCCUCGGGCCAACGAUCACAGAUAUUACUAAUAUAUACGAGUGUUGUUGAGUUCACAGUUUCUGUUUGACUUUGUUUCAUAUUAAUCCAAUUAAUCAAUUGUUACACUUGUUUUUAAAUUUAAAAAAAAAAAAAAAAAAAAAAGAAAAAUAUAGAAAUAUUUAAGAGUAUAGUCUAUAAGCGCCCUCAGCACUAUCAUGACGAUGAUGAUCAUGAUCAUGAUGAUGAUAAUUGUGCAAUGCAACCUAAAAGGCAACUGCAAAGAGGCUAAGCGAACAUGAAAAACCAAAUCUUUAAUGAAAAAAUAAGAAGAAGAAGACCUACGUACAGUAAGACAGCAAUAAAAGGCACAACAA